CUUCACGCUUUAAUUUGAAUUUAUACAUUUGAUAGAUUAUAUGAAAUGUUAUCACAAUUUUCGCAAAGUUGAAAGAGAACGACUGACAACUCGGUCCAAAAAGCAUUUAUUGACGACAAGAGACUUUUAAGAAAUCUACUAGCGACAAAUAUAGCUGAUUUCUGAAUAAGCCGUGGCGACUUGGCGAAACAUUCUGCUUCACUACUGCUGGCCCGCGAGAGCGAGUUUUUGCCUUCCUCUCUGCCUUCUCUGUACAGCGAGUGUGAGCGCCCGCCAGGAAGAAGCAGCAGAAGACCGCACUGAAGCAGCUCAAUCCAAAGUUCCUUCACACCAAUUCCACCAGCCAUACUUGGCCCUUCAGUGCUAUUGCUGAGCUCAUUGAUAAUGCCUAUGACCCAGAUGUUGGUGCCAAACAGUUCUGGAUUGAUAAAAGAAGGAUUGGAGGGAAAGACUGCCUUAUUUUCACGGAUAAUGGAGCAGGAAUGGAUCAUCUCAAAAUGCACAAAAUGCUUAGUUUUGGCUUCAGUGAUAAAAAGGCAAAAAAUGGCCAUGUUCCUAUCGGCUUCUAUGGCAAUGGAUUUAAAUCCGGCUCCAUGCGCUUGGGAAAAGACGCCAUUGUGUUUUCAAAAAACGGAGAGUCUAUGUGUGUGGGCAUGCUGUCCCAGACGUACCUUCAAGAGAUUCAAGCGGGGAGCAUCGUCGUACCAAUUGUGAAAUUCAAACGCAAUGGAGAUUCAAUCUGUCCUGACCCAAAGCAUGCAGCAAGUCUACAGGCCAUCCUGCAAAACUCUCUGUUUCAGAUGAAAGAAGAACUGCACGCAGAACUUGAUGCCAUCAACAAUCAUGGUUCCAAAGGCUCCAGAGGAACAAGAAUAAUCAUUUGGAACCUCCGCAUAACAUCGUCAGACUCUACUGAGUUUGACUUUGAGUCGGACAGUUAUGACAUCAAGAUUCCAGAUGAUGUGUAUGAGAGUGAAAAUGAAAAAUACAAACAAUCCUUGCGCGCAUACUGUAGUGUCCUCUAUUUGAAACCCAGAAUGCAGAUUAUCAUUCGUGGACAGAAAGUAAAAACUCAACUGAUUGCUAAAAGCCUGGGACGUGUUGUCACUGAAAAAUACAAACCAACCUUUCUUAACAAAAAAAGUCUUCCGAUCAUAUUUGGCUAUAACCCCAAGAGCAAAAAACAUUAUGGAGUCAUGAUGUACCAUAAAAACAGGCUCAUCAAAGCCUAUGAGCGUGUGGGAUGCCAAAACAGGGCUAAUAAAAAGGGAGUGGGGGUUAUUGCAGUGAUCGAAUGCAACUUCCUCAAGCCAACACAUAACAAGCAAGACUUUGACAACACAGACGAGUACAGAAGAACCAUGAGAAUGUUGGGUACGAAGCUGGACGACUAUUGCAAAGCAAUGCGAAACAAAAUAGAUCAAAGCACAGUACCCAUGGAGGAGAUCCCAGAGUGUCCUGACCAGAACUGGGUUCAGUGUGAUGAUUGUAUGAAGUGGCGGAAACUCCCAGAUGGCAUCAAUCCGGAUAAGCUCCCUGAAAAUUGGUUCUGUCGAAUGAACCCGAACACAGAGUACAGGGAAUGUGAAACACCAGAGGAAGCUGAAGAUAAUGGAGAUGAAACAUUAACCUACUUGAAAUACAAAGAGCAAACGAGAAACCAGAAAAAACUGCAGGAACAGAAAAAAUUUCAGAUGGAAGAACAGCAAAGACUGGCAGAGCUACCUAAAGAAGAAAAUGAAUUUCAAAGAAGACAAGAAAAUCUUUUGGAUGGCGCAGGCCUAUCCCCAUCAAGGUCAUCAACAGCUGCUGAGACAGCCAGGAAUCUUGAUGAUUCCAGACCCCUCCCACUAUCUGCAUCUCGCCCCUCAGACAACGUGUCAGCCUCCUCUAUUACAGGGAGAAAGAGAAGUCUUGAACAAACCGAGAGCCAAGUUCUUAAAAAAGCAAGAGCACUUAGUGAGUACUUGAAGAUCUCUCCAGACGGCCCGUCAACUUUCAAAAGUCUAUCAGAUGUCCCAACCUCACAGAUGGAGAUUUCUGAGAAUAAUGACACUGUUGAUAAAAAGGAUGUGAAGUGCAACACUGAUGAUGAUGAAGAUCUUGUUAUUGAUGAAACCAAAAGCACGCCAAAACAUUUAACCUUAAACCUUGCUAAGGUAAAGAUAGAAAGAAGUACAAGUAAUGAUGUGCAGGACAGAUAUCCUGUUUCCAUGGAAACGCCUGCCACUGAGGCUUCCACAAGUGAAAUGACAGGCACAUCGAUUUCAAAUGGUCAAGUCAGGAUGACAACCCAGACAGAAUGUGGUAUGGCUGUAAAGAUGGUAGAGGACCAAAAGAGAAAAGAAGAAGUGGAGAUUAAAAAAGAAGAGUCAGAGAAUGAUGCUACAAUGAUGGAACAGAGCAGCAGUGAGGUUGAAUGCAAGAAGGACAAAGAUACCAGAAUGAACAGGUCGAUCAAAGACUCCAUGGAGACUGAAAGAUGUAAUAGUGCAGACAUAGAGAGUAAACCAAGUCUUUCAGAAGGAAGCGAUAGAGAAAAAGAUGCUCCAAGUGCAAUGCCUGAACAAACAUCAAUCAGCUCUUUUCUGAACAUACACCAUGUCCCAACCCUGGAAGCCGAGAAACAGCAGAACAGUCCUCUGGAACUCAUGGAUGCCACAUCCCUGGAAAGAGAUGAGUUCAAAACUGAAGCUCAGUCUCUCACAUUGGAGCUGGAGAAGAAAGAAUUGACAGUUAAUUUAGUCUUAAAGGAACACACGUUUAAAAAAGAGUUCUGUCAUCAAAGCAUUCAGACCGAUCUAGAAGAUGAUAAAGACUUCAAGACUCUGUACUUACAGGCGACACAGCACAUUGAACAGCUCACACAAACUAUAAAUGAGCUGAAGAAGAAUAAGCAAGAGGAGAAUCCCCAGAUUCUUUCGGACAGCUUAAACCAAGAGAAAGCUUAUUGUGAGCAGAUGCAGAAAGACUUGGACAAACAGCGAAAAAAACUGGAAGAGUGCAGGAACGAAACAGCUAGUUCUGCAAACAAUCAGAAGAUAAUAUAGUCACCAAAGCAUAGUCAAGGGAGCAUGGGGAGCAGUGUUGCUCAUCUUUUGGUCACAUUUGUUCCUGCGUUGGACCCUGAACAAGUCAACUAUGACUGUGAGGUUAUAGACAAGAUUUUAAACCAGGUUAUACAGGACAUUUCUCCAUGUGAAACCACUUCAAGAUAAAGAUAAUUUGUCAUCAAAGUGUUCAUUGCAAGUUUAUGUUAGGAAAAAUGUGACCAGAUAUUUUAUUGCAUUCUGAAAAUAUUUCUUAAGGAUAAAGUAUAAUUGUGUGAUAAAGUUAUUUAGCAUUUUUAUCCAAUUUUGGGGUCUUAUAAAACAAAGUUAAAAAGGUAGUAUAGAAAUUAAGUUCCAUAUUACUUCCAGUUUGGGCAGUAUGUUCCUUUCUGUUUGUGUAAUUUCUAUAUUGUUUUGAGUAAGUGGCCAGGUGCUAUAUAAAUAGAACCUCCACUCUCAGAAAUAGAUGAAUGUGACAUACAUGUACAUUAUAUGUAACACACAACUUAUUGUAUGACAGCUAUGGGUUUGGAAAUGGUGGGUUUCUUAAGGUGCUGAAGACAAUUAUGAACACAACACCAUAUGACAAUUAUGACAGCCAAGAGGGGAAAACAACUUCAUUUAUUUCAAUGUAAAAAACACAAUUAUUAAUUUGAAUAAAACAAGAAUCUUAACCAUUUA